AGGGGAAACGGGAGGAGGAGCCGCAUGUUGCCGGGCAGCGGAACGCGGAGCCAUGUCUGCUCGCAAGGAGAAGGAGCCGCCGGACGCGGUGCAUCUCAACCGGCUGCUGUGCGAGAGGGUGCGCAAGGAGCUGCGCUGCCAGCGGCUGCACACAGAGCACUGCAUCAACCCGCUGCGCCGCGUUCACACGGUGGCUCAGAAGCCCAUGUCCUGGCAUGACAACAUCGAGGAGCCUGCGGAUGCCAGGUUUCUGAAUAUUAUCCAUGAAGCAGUGCUGGGGCCAACCAAGAAAUAUUCAGAGCCACAAACAGAGAGCCAGGAAAUAGGCUGGAACACAAAGCCGCUGAUCGAUGUGGACCGCACUGAUCGCAGAUUCUUCUUCCCACACCGGAAAACUAUGAUCACUGAGCAAGUGGCUCCUGGGGCAUUUCUGAAGAAGCAGGAGGAGAAGCAGCAGAAGUAGAGUGGCAGAGCCACACAGCAUAGAAUGAAGUAGCUAAUGGCAGCUAAUGCGUUAGGCCAGGGUUGUUAUUAGGUGAGUCUGGAUUUUUGGUAAGAGAAAAUUGCAAUUAAAAAAAGGGAGGAUAGAAUCCAACUGUCCAGAUCUGCAGCCUUACAGAAAUAAAAGCAUUUGUAAGACGGCUG